AUGGAUGAUCUACCAAUUGUAAUUGAUAAUGGUUCUUAUGAGAUCAAAUUUGGAGUUUCGAAUUCACGCAUCCCAUUUAGAGCUAUAAAUGCAAUUGCAAAAGAUAAAUAUAAUACUGUCUACUUAAGCAAUCAAAUUAAAGGUAUCAAAGAUAUUUCAUCUGUUAAUUUCCGGAGACCUUAUGAAUUAGGCCAGUUGACUUCAUGGGAACUAGAGAGUGCCAUAUGGGAUUAUUGUUUUUAUAACCCAGAAGAGUUUGAUGGAUUUCAAUUAGAAGAUACAUCAAAAAAACAUUUAGUGAUUAGUGAAACAUGUCUCUCUUUACCUGAAUUUAGUAGAAAUAUCGAUCAUAUUAUUUUUGAAGAAUACAAUUAUGGUAGUAUUUAUAAAUCUCCCGUGGCAGGGUUUAUACCAUUUGCAGAUCUAACAAAAGACGUUAUCUCGAUCUCUGGGAAAGCUGAUGACGAUGACGAUGAUAAUAAUGCUAAAUUUCAAGAACAACUAGUCACUAAUGAUUUGAAUACAUAUAUUUCAAGUGAAGAACCUUCCGUUACGAAAACAGCGGAAUAUAAAGAUUUUCAACUGAUUAUAGAUUCUGGGUUUAAUUGUACUUGGAUUAUACCAGUUAUUAAAGGCAUCCCAUAUUAUAAAGCUAUAAAGAAAAUGGAUAUUGGCGGACGGUUUUUAACUGGACUAUUAAAAGAGACUUUAUCCUUUAGACAUUAUAAUGUUACUGAUGAAACCAUAUUAGUUAAUAAUAUUAAAGAAAAAUGUUUAUUUGUAGCACCAAAAUCCUAUGCAGAAAGUUUUAAAUUGAAAAAUAAAACUGCCGUUGAAUAUGUUUUGCCAGAUUUCCAUACUACAUUUAUGGGAUAUAUUAAAGAUAAUUCCAAGACAAAAUUACCCGAUAAUGCCCAAUUAAUUACAUUGAAAGACGAAUUAUUUUCUGUUACUGAAACAAUAUUUCAUCCUGAAAUUUCAAGAAUAUUGAAGCCAGGGAUCAUUGAAACUAUUAUAGAAAGUCUAUCAAUGUUACCAGAAGUAAUUAGGCCAUUAAUGGUUAAUAAUAUAGUUUGCAUUGGUGGUAAUUUCAAUCUCCCAAAUUUUUCCAAGAGAUUAACCUCUGAAUUACAAAGACAAUUACCAACUGAUUGGACUACACAUGUAUAUAUUCCCAAGAUUGAUGCAGAAUUAUUUGGUUGGAAAGCCAUGGCUCAAUUUUCUGAUACCGAUAGUUAUAGAAAGGCUAGAAUUACAAGAGAGGAAUAUAUGGAGCAUGGGGUAGAAUGGUGUACUAAACAUAGAUUUGGUUACCAGAACUGGAUAUAA